AUGCAAGAGAUAAGAGCUUACAACAAAAUGGUUGAUUCACAACUAGCUCAACUGACCGAGAGAACUCCUUUCAAUUCACCAUCUACUCUACCCGGACAACCACAACCUAACCCAUCUCACAACUCAAAACCCAAUACAUGCAAGGAGAUCACAUUGAGGUCAGGAACUUCCUAUGAAGGGCCAAACGAGGGGGAUAUUGAGGAAAAGAAGGGAGGAGAGAAGAGUGUGAAUGAAAACAAGGGAGGUGAGAAAGAAAAAGUUGAUGAGCUAGAAGGAGGUUCGGAGAAGAAGAAGCUUGACAAUGAGAAGACAACUUCCAUUCCUAGUGAGGCUAGGAAUCUAGAUGGACCAGUUCCUUUCCCCGGUUGGCUUGCAGAGAGGAAGUUGAAUGACAAGUUUGCAAAAUACCUAAUUGUCAUGAAGAAUUUGCACAUCAACCUCCGCUUCCUAGAAGUUGUGACACAAAUGCCAUCUAACUUCAAGUUCCUCAAAUAUAUUCUCACCAACAAGAGGAAGCUAAAUGAUGAGCUUAUCACCCUUCCACAUUAA